GCAGUGAUUGGUGAGUUGGUGGGGCACUCCUCAGCAAGAUGGCUGCAUUGCUGCGCGCAAUAGUGGCAUCCUGGUGAAAUGACGCAAGCCACAGUUUACGUUCAGUCCUCGAGGCUCUGAGCUCUCCGGUCUCCAUAGCGCAGAUCCCGCCCGACUCUCAGCCGGAAGACCGACCGGCUAACCUCCAGUGGACCGAACGGAACCGGUUCAUCUGAGUGAGAGUGCGAUGAGGAGAGGUUUCAGAGUGUGAGGCCAUGGGCUGCACCUCGGCCAAGCAGGUGUCGGCCGUGCCCAACGAUGAGGAGGGACGCGGCAAGGCCUACAGCAACGGAGACCUCUUCACUGCCGAAUACCAAGAUGAAGGAGUGGAGGAGGUGAAGUACAUGAGAGGGGAUGAAAACCGGGAAUUGAAUGCACGCAACCAGGAGAACCUGGAGAAGAGUAAUGUGCAGUACAGGGGCAAACAGCAGAAAGAGGUCUCUUCAGCAAACAUCAAGUCUAAUAUUCACACGUCAGAGAGUCAGCAGGAAUUUUUCAGGAUGCUGGAUGAAAAGAUUGAGAAGGGGCAGGACUACUGUUCGGAGAAGGAGGAAGAUGGGACAUAGCACAGAGGCCCCCAACAUUCACCCCUACAGAGAGCCUCACAGUGUGUAUGAGUGUGUGUGAGUGUGUGUGUGUGUGUGUGUAGGGUAAAUGUGUACGUGUGUGCCUGAGAGGAGCUGAAUCAGUGUUUUACCAAUGAGGCGUUGAUGUGACGGGACACUGUAUGUGUUGGUGAGAGCAUGUGUGUGUUUUUGAGAGGCAAAGAUAGUAUUUUAAUGGAAAGUGAAAGAGUGAUGUGUGUGAGCGAAAGAGAAUGGAAUAAAGAACACUUUCUUGAUAGUCUACAACCCUCCUCUCUAAGCGCCUCACCCCUUCAGGCCUCUGAGCCGACAGAUGGAGGUGGCGGAGCGGUCGAAGGGACAGACACAUUAAAGGAGGGCGAGAUGGCGGAGGACGUGACGGAAGGAGUCAUUUCCCCCAGCAGCCCCUCAUCCCUCCAUCUGUACCUCCGUAUAUCUGUCCGUCUGGACCUACGUGGUCCAAUCCUGAAUAUUUAACUCCUGCAAUUGGACAAAGGUACUCCCAAAUAUGGAAGCCCAGUGAGGACACAUGGCUUUGGUGGGUGUGAGAAGGACUGAGACACUCACCAGUGAAGAAGAAAGGAAGCCCUGGGAGGAGGAGAUGGUGGAGGCAGAGGAGAUGCGUAACACCACCAGGAUCCACACUGAACUUUUUUGGCCUUCCUUCCUACAGCCAGGCCGGCCUGGGCCAUGAGGGACUGAGAGAAUGGGUGAGGGCGGCAGAGGGAUGAAAGAGUGAAAUAUUUGUGAUAUUUUAAUAAGAGAGAGUAGGGAGCGAGCCGGUGAUAAAGAAACUCUAAACUCCUCCUGCCUUCUGAAGUCAAGGACCUUUUUUUUUUUUUUUAAAACCUUUUUUUAAUUCUGUUUCGCACCCACUUGUUGUUUUUUCCUGAUGUUCUUCUGUUCAGUUUGUUUUACUCUUGACUUCCUUCAUAGUGUAUCAUCAUCAUCAUCAUCAUCAUCUUCCUCACCACAGCAGACAGACUGAAGCUGUGUUAAUUCAGAGCAUCUGUGUCUCCUCCCAAUCCAUCCUCCUUCCUAUACCAUAACACUGCAGAUCCUAGCUGACACACACACACACAUACACGCACACACACACACGUACAUGGAGUCUUUUAUUGUACAUAUCGUAGCACAUCAUUCCAACACACCUCAGCAUGUACAUAUAAACCACACACAUUAUUGUGUCAUUUCACCAGCAGACUGUCAUGUGCAUCAAUCAGAGGUAUUCUGUAAAGCUCUAUUUCUGCUUUGAUUCAGUGUGUACACACACACACACACACACACACACACACACACACACACACACACACACACACACACACACACACACAUCCAGACACACUCUGGCACUAAAGCAGAAAACCGGGCUGAGCUCAAGGGGAGGAUGCGUUGUUGCUGUGUAGACACAGACCUGAUCACUUUUUGUUGUUGUCAUCUUUACCGGAUACUUCCUGUUGUAUUAUUUGGAAUACUUUUUUUCUAUUAAAAAUAAAAUCAAAUAAGCUCUUAA